AUGGGGUUCGAGGAAGAGUCUAACCUGAUGCGCCAGUAUCUAUAUGGGACCUUCGUGCCCACGGUUUCCCAGCUUUUACACCAUCGUCGGUGGAAUCGACGAACAUGUCGGCUCCGCGCCAGGUGCAGCAGCAGCACCCCUGCCACGCAGAACGUGUCGACCCUACUGUUCUUGCCAGAACUAGCCGAAGGUAGCGCUGGGUACGCGCCCUUGCUCUACCCUGACCUCACUUAUGGUGACGAGCCAUCCGAUGACAACUUUCUCUUCUACGAGGGCAAGGUGCUGGACAACAACUCGACGCUGUUUCUCGGCCCGCUCGCCCUUCAAAGCCACACCUCGCUCAUCUCAUUCACAGUGCCCAUCAACAACAACACCAGUCGCAAAAGAAGGAUUCGUUGGUUUACAUGGGAUCUCUGA